CUGAGACGGGUGACAAACGAAAGUGUUAAAACCCUUCAGGACAGGACACCGCUGGACACGGUAGUAGCAGAAAUCACGGGGCUGUCAAAGCCGGAAAAAGAUUUAAACUGAGCAACAAUGGAGCGAAUCAGGUCUGCGUUUAACAGAGUGAUAAACAGUGAGCGCUCUAGCAGCUUCCCUCUGCAGCCGGAAGAAGAUGGAGAAAGACAUGAUGAGGUCAAACUGUCUGACGACGGCACAGAAACGGAUGAUGGGCAGGCAGGAGGCUCUCCAAGCUUCAGGCCGGUGCCACCUCACCAAAGCAGACGUACCGUUUGUUACUGUAUCCUGGCCACGAUUUUGAUUUUUAUGAUUGGGUACAUGUUUGGCUUCAUCAGUCAUCAGACGGCAAGCUGUGACCUCCAGCUGUCGGUGGAAAAGCAGACCAGUAAGACCCCGACCCAAGACCCAGUUGUUGUUCCUGUAGCUCCCAAUUCUCAGAUGGACUGGGCAGACGUUACCGAACUUCUCACUCAGAAACUUAGCAGCCAGGCCUUCGACAAAACUCUCAGUGAAUUUGACCAGCCAAAGCGUCCAGCAGGGAGUGACGAGGAUAUAAGCAUGGCAAACCGCAUAUUCAACGAGUUCAAGACACUUCAGAUGGCUCCGUGGACGAACAUCUACUACGUUCAGCUGCAGAAGCCUGACAGCACUCGUCCAAACCGGGUCUCUUUUGGUCCUGAUGUCUUCGAGCCAAAGGGCUAUCUGGCAUACAGCGCUCCUAAAAGGGUCCAGGGGAAGCUGGUGUACGGCAACUACGGCCGUCAGAAGGAUCUGGAUUUCCUGAAGAAGAAGAGCAUUGAGCUGGAAGGCAGCGUGCUGCUGCUGCGGGCGGGGAACAUCACUUUUGCAGAGCAGGUGAAUAUUGCUGCCGCAAACGGAGCUGCUGCUGUCCUAAUCUACCCUGACAUUCAGGAUUUCAAGUAUGUCGCGGACACUGAGCUCUACGGACAUGUCCAUAUGGGCUCUGGAGACCCCUACACCCCUGGAUUUCCUUCAUUCAACCACACACAGUUCCCCCCGACUAAGUCAUCUGGCCUCCCUGAAAUCCCAGCUCAGACUAUCACUGCAAACAUGGCUUUAUCUAUGCUACAGAAAAUCGGCGGUCCUGAAGCAGAUGCAGGCAGUGGUUUUGAAGGUGGCUUGGAAUCCGUCACGUACAGACUCGGAGGCAGUGAGAACGUCACCAUAGAGGUGAACAACGUGCUCGUCAACACCAAGAUCCACAACGUGUUUGGAGUCAUCAAAGGAUUCACUGAUCCUGAUCACUACAUUGUUCUGGGAGCUCAGAGAGAUGCCUGGGGUCAAGGUUACGCCAGAGCUGCAGUUGGCAGUGCUGUUCUGUUAGAGCUGGCCAAGGCUUUUCAGGAGAUGGUGGAGAAAGAUGGCUUCAGGCCCAGAAGGAGUCUUGUGUUUGCAAGCUGGAGUGCUGGAGAGUAUGGAAGUGUUGGCGCCACUGAGUGGUUAGAGGGUUACAUGUCCUCAAUUGAAAAACGUGCCUUCACCUACAUAAACCUGGACGGUGUUGUCAUGGGUCGUGGGAGCUUUAUAGCUUCAUCAAGUCCACUUCUCUACAGCCUCCUGGAAAGCACCAUGAAGGAGGUGAAAAGUCCUAUCGGUUCUGGCUCUCUGUAUGAUUUGGUUGGAAAAUCUGCCUGGCAAGCUAAUGUGCUGAGGCCCAUGUCCAUGGAUGACUCUGCUUAUCCCUUCCUGGCUUCAUCUGGAAUUCCCUCCGUCUCUUUCCACUUCAUUUCCCCAGAUACGGAGAAAUACAUUUAUUACGGCACCAACCUGGACAACCUAGAUCACCUCAACUACCAGACCAGCCAUCGCACUGGAGAGAUCACAGCAUUGGCGGCGGAGUUUGCCGGUCGUAUGGCCCUCAGACUUGUCCACGACCAUCUUCUCAGACUGAACCCGAGCCAGUACAGCAAAGUCUUUCGCCAGGCCGUGAUCAAAGUCUACAAACGCAUCAACCAGCUCAAAAUGUCUGGCCAGCUUAAGGAUGUGACUCCCACCUGGUUGAUCCAAGCCUACGGCUCCUUCCAGCGAGCAGCUGCAGCCAUCAGUAACACAAUCCAGAACGCUGACUUAAGCAACCCGGAGGCCUGUCGAAUCAUCAACGACAGGAUCAUUAUGGUUGAGCACUCCCUCCUCUCUCCAUACGUCUCUCCCACUAAAUCCCCCUUCCGUCACAUCCUGCUGGGUCAGGGCUCCCACACUAUUGCCUCCAUCGUAGACAUCACAGACAUGCAGCAGCUCCACACUGAGCUGGCUCUGGCUAUCUGGACCCUGCAGGGAUGUGCCGACGCCAUGAUGGGAGACAUCUGGUACAUCGAUAACGAAAUAUAAAGGAAAGGGAUGGGAUUUAGAUGACAGGGUGUCUUUGUUUGGAGGUGAGGCAUAGAGAAUGAGCUCCAAUAUUAGCACUUAAGCACAAGCUGUCAACCAGAGGUUCAAACUGCACCUUUUGAAAACAAGCUUAUAAUUAUAUGUUUUUGGCUUCAAUCCCUCGAAAGAUUUAGGAGGAGUUUCAAUUUGAGCCAAAUCAAUACUUGAAGAAAUCGACAGCUGCUGACAAAGAAUCUUUUAGCCUCUGCUUUUGACCUCUCGCCACCAAAUCACUGAGAAACCUUUUUUAUACUUAAAGUUUUUAUCAGUGGCAGUGUCCACUAUUGUUUUGUCUUUUUAUACGACGUUAUCAGAAGCAGUGCCUUCCAUAAUUAUGACGGUUAUACUGUCUCAUCCUACAGCAGCAUCUGCUACAGAAAUGACUCCUCAACUGUUGCUGACAAAAUAGAGCCCUUAGAGAAGUUACGUAUUUAUUUGUCACAGCCUUCAUUUCUUCCUUCAUAAGCAGAUUGAUACAGAUCGAAAUGAGGAUUAAUUCUCUCUAAAAUAUCAAUGAAGAGUUACUAGGACAGGCAAUUCAUGCAAUUUUAUUUAAAUGGAAGACUUUAGCCUCCACAGGUGAUGAAAAGGAUGGAUUGUAAAAAAAAGAGAUGCUAUUGAUUAGUCUCCAAUAGAGCCCUCUGACUUGAAGACUCUGCCCCUAAAUUCACCAGGAUUCAGGAAGCUGGUAUACACCAACUUCUAAGCUGCUAAAGGUUAGAUCAACUGCUAAUUUAUCCACGUGUCCAGUUCUAACUUCUACUGAAAAGGUGGAAAAAUGAGAUGUUCUCAUUCUCUGUGACUGGAUAUAUGUUUAGUUUUCAGUUAGGGCUGAACGAUUUGUGAAAAUUAUCUAAUUGCAGCUUUUAAAAUUUCCUUAUAUACCAUCAAACACAAGCAGUAAAUCAUUCUAUAUUAUAAGCAGAGCAACAUUAGAUAAAACUAGAGCUGAUCAGUGUUAAAAAUAUGUAAUUGUGAUGAUUUUGACUCGUAUUGCAAAUUGGGAAGGAAUUGAUGUAUGGAAGGAGUUAUAAUUUUUACAUCUUCCUCUUAUUUAGUCAGAAAAUUGUACAAAAAAGUGCAAAAAACUGCCUGUGGAUAAUUGCAUGAUAUGUAGUGAACGACAUCUCUGCUGCUGCUGCAAAAAAUAUGUAAACUGGUAUUUUGGAACAAAUUUUAGGUUAAAGAAAUAUUGCACCUUCGCCAUUUGAAAAUUGCAGCAGGCCAUAUUGCAAUUUAAUCUAAUUCUUGAUUAUUUUAACAGGCCUAUUUUCAAUUUAUUGUCUAUCCUAUAGCCUGUACUAAUAAGCAAAGUCAGUAUAAACAGGAUCGUUUCCACGUUUCUAAAAAUAAACAUCAAAACAUAAUUUCCUCGUGGAAAGUUUGCCCAUGUUCACAACUUUACAGCCACACAGCUUUAAUAAUUUUGCAUUAGAGGAUGAUAUAAGCAAACAACAGUGAUUAUUAAUACAAAUUGUUUUCAUGGUUGUCCUUCUACCCUCUCUUGUGAAGCGUUUUAAGCUCUUGAAUCAGUAUUAUUUACCUGUCAGUGGGUGAUGCUGUUAUAAAGAUUGAUGUCUUACCUUGAACAUUGACUUGUGGAAAAUAAACCACCUUUUUAGUCAUAAAUUCCCUGAAUUUAGCCUGGAGUUACCUCACUAACCCCAGAUCCUCUUUGUGAUGCGGGCCUCUGCUUCUGUAAAAUUAACAUUUUGCCAUCUUCCUGACUUCUGUAAAUGCAACAUCCCUUUUAAAAUUUGUCAGCAGCAUUAAGUAAACACGAUCCUCAAGCAUUAGUCUGUCCGCCGUCCCAAUGGUUAUUUAAGAAGCACUUAAAGGAAGAAAUGAAGGGCCUGAACGUGUUUUCUGAUCUAGUGUCAGUAAAGAUUUACAGAUAUUUAUUGACUAAACUCCCAAAGAUAAAUCAGGAUGAAAUAAAGAAAAAUGCAUCCAGAAAAUCCCAAAACAUUAAUAAUGCAUUAAUUUAAAAACAAAAACUGAGCUAAUUAGAUCCAUAAUUUUCAAGAAAGCCAUUUAUUUUGCACAGUCUUAUUUGGAGCAGUUAAAGGAGACAUAUUAUACCCUUUUAAGACAAGCUUAAAUUGGUCUCAGAGGUCCCCAAAACAUGCCUGUGAAGUUUGUUGCUGAAUAAACACCCUAGUACAGGAUUUUUGUACGUUUAAAACCCCCUCUAUUUCAGCCUUUCUCAGAACGAGCCGUUUCUGUGUCUGUGGCUUUAAAUGGUGAUUAGCUGUCUGACUCCGCCCCCCUACCAUACCCCUCUCAGGAAAUAGAUGCAGUACUCUUGGUACUACAGACACUUUAAUCCAAAGUUUUGAACUUGACAGGGAUUUGAACCAUCAAUCUCCCAGACCAUAGUCAGCAGGAUAACCCAUUGAGCUAUCCAGCAUCUCAGCUGGUGGUUGAGAGGAUCACUAAAGCAGGGCAGAACUUUCCUCCAAGUGGGGGAGGGCCAUCCAAACCUGGAGGCGGGUGCUUAUGCUCCUGGUGAGGUCACCAGGAGCUAAAUCUGAGAACAGCUUGUUUCAGCACACAUUUUCUGAAAGGUGGAGAAAGAGAGGGGGAGAAGGAAUGGAUUUUUCUGGCAUUUGUGGGGAUUGUGGACAGGCCAGGGGCACAUAUUUGUGUUAGGAAAGCCUGAAAAAGUGAUUUUUGCACAAUAUGUCUCCUUUAAGCAAAGGUCAUGCAGCAACCUACUGUAUCGUCUUUGUAUUUUAUUGUACUAUGUUGUCUGGUCUCUUGGUGUUGUCUGAUUUUUAUGUAGAUUUUUAAUGUACUCUUUGUUGUUUAUACCAUCAGCCUGCCGGGGACUACAGAUGGAAAGUAGCCUAUGGCAUUUAUAUGUCCAUAUUCAUUCAUGUGUAUUGCCCCUUGUAAUAAAUAAAUAAAGUAAAAUAUAA